CCUAGCGCUUCGUGCCUCGUACUCUGAACUACUUCCAAACGGGACUCAGACCCCUCAGACCUCGGCAAUAUGACUAAGUUCAUCGUGACCGCACUGGUGCUGGCGGCGUGCAUCGCUAUGGCCACCGUCCAGGGACAGUAUACCACGGACAUUAAGUGUAGCUCGUUGGAUGAGUGCAUCUGCAAGCUGCCAAUCGUCAUUGGCGCGGUCGCCGGCCGUAAAGCUUCGGCCAACGUGCGCAACCCGGUCACGGGGCAGACGUACGCAGUCGAUCUGUCCAAACCGUCGCAGGCCAUCAACGACUACUGCAACCAGCUGAAGAGAGGACUGAAACCAGCGCUUCCGUUCGCUCCACCGGUCGAUACUUCCAAACUUGCCCAGGUUCAAGCGCUGCUUAAUCUGCGCGCACGAGGCUAAACCCACAUCUAACGACACUAACGAAAGCUCCACGUUGAAAGCUGUAUGCAUCAUCGAAGCCAAACCACCAUCACCAACUGGCUAGAGUUUGAAUGCUGGAAAGCAUCCAAUAAAAGAUCAAAUACU